GAGAAGCCUUUUCCAUGUUCUGAGUGUGGGAAAUGUUUUGCACUCAAAUCAGCUCUUGUUAGACAUCAGAGAAGUCACACAGGUGAGAGGCCAUUUUCUUGCUCGGAGUGUGGGAAAUGUUUUGCACAGAAAUCACAUCUUAUUAAUCAUGAGAGAAGUCACACAGGUGAGAGGCCAUUUUCUUGCUCGGAGUGUGGGAAAUGUUUUGCACAGAAAUCACAUCUUAUUAAUCAUGAGAGAAGUCACACAGGUGAGAGGCCAUUUUCUUGCUCGGAGUGUGGGAAAUGUUUUGCACAGAAAUCACAUCUUAUUAAUCAUGAGAGAAGUCACACAGGUGAGAGGCCAUUUUCUUGCUCUGAGUGUGGGAAAUCGUGUAUAUAAAAACCUGCUGGUAUUCUGACUCUAAGCGCAAAAAACAAACAAUAGGCAGCUUAGUUAAGUGGA